CGUAAUAUCCGGUGUGUCUGAUGAUGUUCGGUUGGUCAUGACUGUCGCUUUGUGCUGCUCUCGCGCUUAUGGACCCUGUUUUUAUGAGCAGAAGAGAUUAAGAAGUGAACAGGUGACAGAUGAGAGUUGAUCUUUGAGGCUUUACCUGUUGCCAGAUCUUAAGGGUUUUGUGGCGGUUCAUGUACAGAGGAAAGAGGGUGAAACUUGAAGAUCAAACUGAAGGAAGUUGGAAGAGUUUUGCAGCCGUCAGAAUGACUGCGGUCGAUGACAUCACAGACAGUACAGAGGUGGUGGAAAUGGAGGACGUUCCCUCACAGUUUUUCGUGGAUAAGCACUCGUGGGACGGCCUGCGCGACAUCAUUCACGGCAGCAGGAAGUACUCGGGAAUGAUCAUCAACAAAGCGCCACACGACUUCCAGUUUGUCCAGAAACAUGACGAGUCUGGCCCACACUCACACCGCCUCUACUAUCUCGGGAUGCCCUACGGGAGCAGAGAAAACUCCUUACUGUUCUCUGAAAUUCCAAAGAAGAUCCGCAAGGAAGCUCUGCUGGUGUUGUCAUGGAAACAGAUGUUGGACCACUUUCAGGCGACUCCGCAUCACGGCGUUUACUCCAGGGAAGAGGAGCUCCUCCGUGAGAGGAAGCGUCUGGGGGUCUUCGGCAUCACGUCCUACGACUAUCACGCACAGAGCGGCCUUUUCCUCUUCCAAGCCAGCAACAGUCUGUUCUUCUGCCGUGACGGCGGUCGUAACGGCUUCAUUCAGGCUGCACCCAUGAAGCCGGUGGAAAUCAAGAGUCAGUGCUCGGGGACACGCAUGGACCCGAAGAUCUCGCCCGGUGACCCCACGUUCAUUGCCUUCAUCAAUAAUAAUGACCUGUGGGUGAGCAACAUCCAGACGGCAGAGGAGCGACGCCUCACGCACUGUCAUAAAGGCUUAAAUAAUGUCAAGGACGACCCAAAGUCAGCCGGUGUGGCGACGUUUGUGAUUCAGGAGGAGUUUGAUCGCUUCACGGGUUACUGGUGGUCUCCAGCCGCUCCUGAAAACGCAGACGGAGGCAGAACUUUACAGCUGCUGUAUGAAGAAGUGGAUGAGUCAGAAGUAGAGAUUAUUCAUGUGCCGUCUCCAGCGCUGGAGGAGAGGAAAGCUGAUGUGUACAGAUACCCUCGCACAGGAAGUAAAAACCCUCAGAUUAGUCUGAAACUAGCCGAGAUUGAAACAGACCCGCAGGGAAAGAUCGUCAGGGCACAAAACAAAGAGCUCGUCCUCCCGUUCACCUCGCUCUUUCCUGGAGUGGAAUACAUCGCCAGGGCCGGAUGGACUAAAGAUGGCAAAUUCGCUUGGGCAGUGUUGCUGGACCGCAGUCAACAGAAGCUCCAGUUAGUCCUGUUGCCGCCCGCACUCUUCAUUCCUGUGGCCGUGGAUGACCCGCAGUGGGCGGAGCACGUGGAAGCCAUGCCCGAGGGAGUCCAACCGUUCGUCAUCUACGAGGAGAUCACAGACAUCUGGAUCAACGUCCAUGACAUCUUCUAUCCCUUCAUUCAAACCAGUCGUGACGAGAUCUCCUUCCUGUGGGUGAACGAAUCCAAAACAGGCUUCUGUCACUUGUACAGGAUCAGCAGCGUUCUGCAGGCCGGCUGUCAGCAGUGGUCCAGAGACUACAGUCCUUCAGAAGAUGAUUUUAAGUGUGCGGUAAAGGAGGAGGUGGCCUUGACCAGCGGAGAGUGGGAAGUUCUGGCCCGACACGGCUCAAAGAUCUGGGUGAAUGAGGACACAAAGCUGGUGUACUUUCAGGGCACUAAAGACACUCCUCUGGAGCAUCAUCUGUACGCGGUCAGUUACCAGACUCCUGGAGAGAUCGUCCGCCUCACCAAACCCGGCUUCUCUCACAGCUGCUCUGUUAGCCAGAACUUUGACAUGUUCAUCAGUCACUACAGUAACGUCAGCACCCCGCCGUGUGUUCAUGUGUACAAGCUGACGGGAUCUCCGGCCGAUCCGCUGCACAAAGAGCCAGAGUUCUGGGCCAGUAUGAUGGAGGCCACAGGCUGUCCGGCCGAUUACAUCCCUCCCGAGAUCUUCAGUUUCCCUGCCAAAUCUGGCUUCCAGCUGUACGGCAUGCUCUACAAACCACACAACCUGAAAGCUGGAAAGAAACAUCCCACCAUCCUGUUCGUGUACGGCGGUCCGCAGGUGCAGUUAGUGAAUAACUCGUAUAAAGGUGUGAAGUAUCUGCGUCUCAACACGCUGGCGUCUCUGGGUUAUGCUGUGGUGGUCAUUGAUGGACGAGGCUCGUGUCAACGAGGACUCAAGUUUGAAGGAGCUCUUAAAAACAGAAUGGGUCAGGUGGAGAUAGAAGAUCAGGUGGAAGGUCUUCAGUAUGUGGCUGAGAAGUAUAAGUUCAUCGACUUGAGUCGUGUUGCCAUUCACGGCUGGUCUUACGGUGGAUUUCUGUCUCUCGUGGGUCUCAUUCACCGGCCGAACAUCUUCAAGGUGGCUAUAGCAGGAGCUCCUGUCACCGUCUGGAUGGCAUAUGACACGGGCUACACCGAACGCUACAUGGACGUGCCUGAAAAUAACCAGCAGGGCUAUGAGGCCGGAUCUGUGGCUCUGCACGUCGACAAACUUCCUAAUGAGCCAAACCGAUUACUCAUUCUUCAUGGGUUUCUGGAUGAAAACGUGCACUUUUUCCACACCAACUUCCUGGUGUCUCAGCUCAUCCGUGCAGGAAAGCCAUAUCAGUUACAGAUUUAUCCCAAUGAGAGACACAGUAUCCGCUGUCCUGAGUCUGGAGAACACUAUGAGAUCAUGUUACUGUACUUUCUCCAGGAACAUCUCUGAUGAUGACACUCUUCUCCAUCUCACCGGCUCUCUCUCUCUCUCUCUCUCUCUCUCUCUCUCUCUCUCUCUGUCUGUGGGGGCGGGAACAGAGACGCUCCAGACAAACCGCAUGUCUGCACACAUGUCUGCUGCACAACAGAAGGACACAGCCGACGGCCCUCCGUAAAAAACACAUCUCCUUUGAUUUUGUGCCACAUGUUGCCAAAAGGUGUCUUUGUUUUUUAAAAGUCUAGUUAGCGGCCGGUGAGAGGACGCGCUCUUCUCCUGCUAACCGCUCCUUUAACUUAAGCUUUUUCAGUUCUAUGAAUGCAGUCGUGUUUGCAGCGUGGCUGUCGGUCGCCUGCGUGUGGCUCUCAUGUAAAGACACCUCACACUGCUACCUGCCGUUCAUAUUUUAAGUGUGGAUUAUUAAAGGAACAUAUUUUUUAUGA